AAUAUUUUUCUAUUUAACUUGGAUGUAGUUUUCAAAUCUUCACAAUUUUUUUUUAUUAUUUCUGAUUGAAUUGAAAAUUCCUGUUGAUAGUUUGUAUAUUGAAAAAGAAGAAUGCCCAAAAAGAAGGAACCAGUUGAAAUUAAACUAGGAAGUGUUCCUAAGGACCCUCGAUUUCCAAGUCAGAACCAAACACGAUAUUGUUAUGAGAGCUAUUGUGAUUAUUUUCGUUGCAUGAAAAAGCUUGAAGUUGGUCAGGAUCAAGAGUCAUGUAACUAUUUUAAGAAAGCUUUUACUGUGAUGUGUCCUAACGAUUGGAUUUCAAAAUGGAAUGAUCAACGUGAAGCUGGAACUUUUCCGGGAAGAAUUUAAUUAUUUUUUUUUUACAAUUUCUUUUGAUUCAAUUAAAUAACAAAUUAUACACUAUUUGAAAAUAAAAAGAAAAAUUACAUAAUUUGAAGAAUUAUUAUUAUU